AUGGGUCUGUGUAAUUCCUUGCACCCUGGCCUGGGCUGUCACGUGCAAUCAGACUCAGAGAUGUUGGUGGCAGGGAUUGUGUUGGGCCUGGUGCUGGUGCAGAGAGCAGGCCAGGCAGUCACUAAGAAUUCUUUAAAGGCUUACUAUGUGCCAAACACCCCCAGCAUCGUGGUGCCCCCUGAAGUCGUGGCGGGCACAGAAGUGGAGAUCAGCUGCAUGGUGCCUGACAACUGUCCUGAGCUGCACCCAACGCUGAGCUGGUUGGGCCAUGAUGGCCUGGGGGCUCCGGCUGUGCUGGGCAGGAUGCGGGAGGAUGGGGGGACCUGGCUGCAGGCCUCACUGCUGCACUUCGUGCCCACUCGAGAGGCUAACGGGCACCGGCUUGGCUGCCAGGUCACCUUCCCCAACACCACCUUUCAAUUUGAGGGCUACGCCAGCCUGGACAUUAAAUACCCCCCUUUAAUUGUGGAGAUGAAUACUUCUGUGGAGGCCAUUGAGGGCUCACAGGUGAGCUUGCUCUGUGGGGCAGACAGUAACCCAACCUCUCUGCUCACCUGGAUGAGGGACGGGGCUGUACUCAGGGAGGCUGUGGCCAGGAGCUUGGCCCUGGAGCUGGAGGACCUGACCCCCGAGGAAGAUGGCAUCUAUGCCUGCUUGGCUGAGAACGCCUAUGGGCAAGACAACCGCACCGUGGGCCUUAGCGUCAUGUAUGCUCCCUGGAAACCUUCAGUAAACGGAACCGUGGUGGCCGUGGAAGGGGAAGCUGUGUCCAUCUUGUGCUCCACACAAAGCAACCCAGACCCCAUCCUCACCAUCUUCAAGGAGAAGCAGAUUCUGGCCACGGUCAUUUAUGAGAGCCAGCUGCUGCUGGAGCUGCCAGCGGUCACUGCCGAGGAUGACGGCGAAUACUGGUGUGUGGCCGAGAACCAGUAUGGCCAGAGGGCCAGCGCCUUCAACAUCUCGGUGGAGUUUGCCCCUGUGAUCCUCCUGGACUCCCACUGUGCAGCGGUGAGGGACAUGGUACAGUGUGUCUGUGCCGUCAAGUCUAACCCGGAGCCUGCAGUGGCCUUUGAGCUGCCAUCUCGAAAUGUGACCGUAAAUGAGACGGAACGGGAAUUCGUGUACUCGGAACGGACGGGGCUCGUGUUUACCAGCAUCCUCACCCUUCGGGGGCAGGUGCAAGCCCCCCCCAGGGUGGUCUGUUCCGCUCGGAAUCUCUAUGGCACCAAGACCCUUGAGCUGCCCUUCCAGGGAGCCAACCGACUGAUGUGGGCAAAAAUCGGGCCCGUGGGAGCAGUAGUCGCCUUUGCCAUCCUCAUUGCCAUCGUCUGCUACAUCACCCAGACGCGCAGGAAGAAGAACAUGACUGAGAGCCCCAGCUUUGCAAGUGGGGAGAAUCCCCCUGUUCUGUUCAGCAGCGACUUCCGUAUUCCGGGGGUGCCCGAGAAAUCUGAGAGUGAGAGGCGCCUGGGCGCUGAGAGGAGGCUGCUGGGCCUUCGAGCGGAACCCCCGGAACUGGACCUGAGCUACGCCCAUGUGGAUCUGGGCAAGCGCCCCACCAAGGAUAGCUACACCCUAACAGAAGAAUUGGCUGAGUAUGCAGAGAUCCGGGUCAAGUGAGAGGCUGAGGGGCUGCCUGCCUCUUACCUGCCCUCAGGACCCCCCACCCCAGGAUCUCCCCAGCCACAGCCAUGUGUGGCUUCUAGGGCUAGCUUCUGGCUCCCCUUCCUCUCAUGGCAAAGUGAGGGGGGAAGGGAAGGGGAGAGGACCUAGCAGUCUGGCCUCCCCCUCCCCAACCCCCCCCCCCAUCUUCCUAGAUCCUGGUUCUGCCCUCUCCUUUCCCACAUCAUGGCUCCUCUCUAACCUCCAUCUACUUUGUUCAUCAGUCCAGAGGGGAGUUGCUGUCCCUGUUAUUUAUUACAAUGCCCCCCACCUUCUCCCUUUCUCCUCUGUGGCCCCAAGGUCUGUACAGAGGGAACACUCAAUAAAUGUC